AGCACCUAGAUCAUUUGCAAGCUUACUCAUCUCAAUGGAUUUCUGAUAUACGAGACUUCUGAUAUUAAUGAAGUUAUAAUAAAACAGCAAUUGAAAUAUCGGGUUUCUGCACACUUUGAACUGAUUGUACACUGGAAUAAAGGUGAAAGUGGACUGUUAUGAAAGACGGCAAAUUAAUAGCCAUCCACUAGUUACCAAGUCCUGAUUCUUCCCAUAGCUAAUCACAACAAUGGAUUUCGGAUUCUCUGUAGCUACAUACAUUGUGCUGGUUCUAUCCAUAUUAUAUAUCCUUAUAAUUCUGAAAAAGUGGAACAAGGACAAUGUCAAAACAUUUCCUCCAGGACCAUGGGCUUUGCCAUUCAUUGGAAAUUUACAUAUUAUGGAUUUAAAGAAACCGCAUUGUACUUACAUAGAGCUUGCAAAGAAAUAUGGGCCAGUGUUUAGUGUUCAACUCGGUACAAGAAAAAUUGUGGUAUUGGCUGGAUAUGAAGCCGUGAAAGAUGCUCUUGUCAAUAACGCUGAAGAGUUUGGAGGCAGAGGGAAAACUAGAAUACUCCAAGAUAUGGACAAUGAUUUUGGAGUUGUUCACUCACGUGGUGAAAACUGGAAGGUGAUGAGAAGAUUUACCCUCACAACCUUACGUGAUUUCGGGAUGGGAAAAAGUUCUAUUGAAGAGAAAAUUAUUGAAGAAUGUUCUUAUGUAAUUAAAAGUUUUGAAUCUUUAAAAGGAAAGCCAUUCGAUAACACAAUGAUGAUAAAUGCUGCAGUGGCUAAUAUCAUUGUUUCAGUAUUACUUGGACAUCGAAUGGACUACAAAGACUUGCAAUUUAAGAGGCUUAUAACUUUGAUGCAUGAAAAUGUUAGACUUUUGGGAAGUUCAAUGGUUGGGAUAUACAAUAUUUUUCCUUUCUUGGGCUUUCUUCCUGGUAACCACAAAACUAUCAGGAGAAAUGCACAGGAAAUCUUUGAAUUUGUUACAAAAACAUUCAUAAAAUAUCUGAAGAACUUAGAUGAGAGCGACCAAAGAAGCUUCAUUGAUGCAUUUCUUGUGAAGCAAAAAGAGGAGGCUGGGAACCCUCAUUCAUACUUCCAUAAUGAAAAUCUAACAAGACUGGUAAGAAAUUUAUUUUCUGCGGGAAUGGAGACAACAUCAACUACUCUACGCUGGGGUAUGCUGCUAAUGAUAAAAUACCCAGCGAUACAAGAAAAGGUGCAACAAGAGAUCUCCAAAGUUGUUGGGUUAGCACAACCUACAUACAGCCAUCAGGGACAGAUGCCAUAUACAAAGGCCGUCAUACAUGAGAUCCAGAGAUUUGCCGACAUUCUACCACUCAGUGUUCCUCAUGAGACAACUAGAGACGUCACUUUUAGGGGAUAUUUUAUCCCAAAGGAAACCUAUAUAAUCCCUCUAUUAUCUUCUGUAUUGUGGGACAAGACGCAGUUUGAAAAGCCUGAUCAGUUCUACCCAAAUCAUUUCCUAGAUUCCCAUGGAAAUUUUAUAAAGAAAGAUGCCUUCAUGCCAUUCUCUGCAGGACGUAGAGCCUGCGCUGGAGAAAAUUUGGCUAGAAUGGAGCUUUUCAUUUUCUUUGCCAGCUUGCUGCAAAAGUUCACUUUUCGUUUGCCUCCUGGAUUCAGCGAUUCAGAUCUAAUGUCAGAUGUUGGAUUUACCAAUAUGCCAAAACAACAGAACAUCUGUGCUAUCCCCCGGUUUUAGAAUGAAUGUGCAAGGCUCUAAAGAAUAGGGGUUGUUGAUAUAGACGUCUGCACACUUCUUUAAAUGGUAUUCCUCUAGAUAUAGUAACUGUCACUUUUCACGCCUUGAUUAUUUUACUAGUGAUAUCUCCCUAGGGUAAUUCCUGCUUCCUUCCUGUUCUUGCCCACUCCAAGGUUUUGAGCAUGUACCUUUUGUGGUUCAGCACCCCCAGUGAUAUUUUCCAUCAUAUUGAAAUGCAAUAGAAAAAGUGGGAGUCCCUCAUAAUGAGUGCAGCAGGAGUGCUGACCUAGUGCAGAGAUUCGGGCAAUAGAAUCUCUGAGAGAUAUAAGAUAUUGUCAGGUGAUUUAACUCUUCGGUAUCUACCAAAAAGUAAUUAUUCGUUUUUAAGUGGGCUGAUUCAGAUAAUUGGUUAGAUGGAAUAUCAGAAGAAUGUACACAUAGGGCUAGAUUCACAUAGAUUUUUUGCGCGUCCGUGGACGUAUCCCAGUGCGCAUGCUCCAAAUUACGCCG